AUGACUUGUUCAAAACCAUCUAAUUUUCCUAUGGAACAACAUAUUCGCUUAAGACCAGCAAAUGGUACUCCACUUCCUGAUCCGACAGUUUAUCAUCGACUGGUGGGUCGUCUUUUAUAUCUUACUGUCACACGACCAGAUAUUCAAUAUGCAAUCAACACACUUAGUAAAUUCAUGCAAUCUCCUUAUUCCAGUCAUCUUGAUGCUGCUAAUAGAGUCCUUCGCUAUCUUAAAGGUAAUAUUGGUAAAGGAUUAUUCCUUUCCGCAUCAAGCUCACUUAAUCUUGUCGGGUAUGCUAAUUCUGACUGGGCAAGUUGUCCUACAACACGUUGCUCCACCACUGGUUAUUUUACCAUGUUAGGCUCUAGUACAAUUUCUUGGAAAACCAAGAAACAACCAACUGUUUCUUAUUCAUCCGCUGAAGCAGAAUAUCUCUCACUUGCUGCAUUUUCUUCCGAGUUGCAAUGGUUAUAA